AUGCGUGAGGACUCAGCCCCAAAGCCCGCCGCAGGUUGUGAGCUGAAAGACAACGUCAAGAACUUCACGAAGAAUGCCCGAGACCCUCGAGGAGAAAUGCUCAAUAUCUUGAAAAAGCAUUUACAUCCACCCAAAUGGGUCACUACCGACGAGAACGCUGAAAACGUAAUACAGUCUCUGUCGGAAGUAUUCCUUCACGCGCUUGCUAAGGAAGCCGCUAGUGAUAAAUUGUCCGCUUCUGAGGGUGCUGAUAUUGAAACUCUCCAACGCAACGUCAAUGUGCUUGCUGUCCAAGUUCAGGAUUUUUGGACACAAGACGUACCGCUAUGGCGCUUCUACCCUCUAAUGGUCAGCAAGAGUAGGAUUGGGAAAUCCUUUGGCACAAUGAAUAGUCUGGCCGUCGACCCGAAAGUCCUCAAUUCUUAUGUAUCGACUGAAGGCAAGCAGACCUGCGAAAAGGCCAUCGCCGAUGACUACACCGAGCUAUAUACCGGUGGUUUGACGAUGAAAGUCAGGCAGCUAAGACAGCUUGCGGUGCAACAGAACUAUCAGCACGCAGCAUCAAAGCAAAAUGCAAAACAAAACAAAGCAGGCUCGUUCCUCAGAAACAUUUUUUCCUGCAAGAUUGUCACUGAUGUGGAAUUCUUCAGGGCUCUGCGAAAGCGCUAUAUUGAGUCUGGAAACUGCUACCAGUUCUUCUCGUUCAAAAGACCUGCUGCUUUGCGAUUUGUUGAGGUGAGAAUGCUCAUGGUCCCCUUGAGGACCAUACAUACCACAAAGCUGACUAGCGACAUUCCUCCUGAGUCACGAAAGGACGAGUACGAAUACUUGCCCAUGCCAGCUGAAAUUAUUCCUCCAAUUGGCCCCAACUUGCUGAUGCACUUUUUUAUGAACCCCGAAGAAGCUGUAUCGCACUCCGUCUUGCUUCAAAACAUCCCGAAGCGCAAGAAUGACAAACUUGAGCCCUGCCCCACGGCUGGUAGUAGCACUGGCUGGGGCAUUGACAUUGUCACCUGUGUAGAUGAGUUCAAGCUGUUCGGAGUCGCAUGCUCAGGCACACUGGCGAGCGUAGUGUUUGGAAUAGCUUGGGCUAUAUUCAUGCAUGAUUUGUAG